AAUCCCUCCUCUUCUUUCUGAUUUUUCUUUAAACAAUUUUAAAAAGUAAAGAAAGAAUCAUCCUCUGUUUCUGUCCUAGUAUAAUUGCACCUCUCUUUAUAUAUAUAUAUAUAUAUAUAUCGAACUUUUCGUUGCUUCGGAUCACAUGCUUCUUGCUUAAAUAUUGUUUCAUCUUGCUUCGAAGAUUGAUCUUCUCAGCGAAUCAUCCUCAUCCAUUUUUAUAUUUCUUUUCUUUCAAUCUUUUGUUCCGUAGGCUCUGACUAUUUCUACCUUGGAAUCCCAUACCCAGUCAUUUGAUUGCUGAAUUGCCAUAGUCGAACUGUUAUUGUUGAGGAAGCCCCUCUCUCCCUCUUGCUCUUCUGCAGAAAGUUGCCAUUAGCGAUCUUGCAGUUUCGGAAAUUUUUAACGCUUGGCCCUUCACAAUUUUGACGCGUUGCUUUACUUUCAGAGUUCAAACGGUUGGCUUUGAAAAUGUUGGGAGAAUUCAUUACUAAAAGUCUUAUAUUGCUUCUUGGAUAUGCUUACCCCGGCUUUAAAUGCUACCAGACCAUAGAGAGAAACAGGGUCCAGAAUGAGGAGCUUCGGUUCUGGUGUCAAUACUGGGUUCUUGUGGCAUUUCUCACAGUUGUGGAAGCCGUUGCCGACAUAUUUAUUUCCUGGGUGCCCAUGUACGGAGAGUUGAAGUUGGCUCUUUUCAUUUACUUGUGGUAUCCAAAAACCAAGGGAACGGGAGUUAUUUAUGAUGCAGUGUUGCGACCUUAUGUAACAAGCCAUGAGAGUGAUAUUGAGAAUAAGUUGCUUGAGUGGAGAGCUAGGAUUUGGGAUUUGGCGGUAUUUUACUUACAAAACUGCUCAGAAUUCGGCCAGUCAGCAUUUUUGCAAGUUCUCGAGUACUUUGUUGAUCAGUCUAAAAAAUUUAGGGGCAACAGCACAACUAAGAAAAAUGAUAAGCAUGGUGAAAGCGCGGCGCAGUACCCUCGUCCAAAAGGAUCGCCCUUUUUUGCCAACAGGAAGCACAAGUAGCCACCAUCUUGGUCGGAGUGACUCAAAAAACCGAGCACUAGGGAGUUCGGAGACACCUAAUUGUGAAACUGUUCAAGGUUCGUUUGGAUUCUGUAACUCGAAGUCUCGAACCUCUACGUGAGGAUGACCCUCAGCCAAAUUCGCGCUCGAAUCCGGCGCUCGAAUCCACAAAUCCAAAAAUUACACAUAUUUGAGAACUGUUUAGGAAAAAAAUUGUAUUUUGUACAUAGUCACAUUAAUUCCCCCACCAUCUUAUUCGUUCUUUGGUCGAAGUUAUUAACUUCCAUUGCCAUGCUUUGCCCCUUCUUUUUCCUUCA